AUGGUUGAAGGAUCGUAUUCGCAAUGGUUUCGCGUUCUUCUACCAAUUUGUUGCAUUUGUUUUCUUUAUCUUUGCUCAUUUUAUUUAUUUCUGUGUGCAACGAAUUCUUUGAUUUACUCCACGAUUUGCCUCCUACACGCAAACGAAUCGUUCUGUGCAGAAAUUGACCAGAAUAAAACACUUCGUGCAUCACAAGAAACGAUACAAAAAGAAAGUUCACAAUGGUCGCUCUACGGAACGCUAUCAUUCGCGAUCGUUGCUUGUUUCAUCUCUCCAUUCUACGGAAGUUUAUCCGAUAUAAAAAAUCGAAAAAUACCGAUUGUUCUAACAAUAUCCAACGGGAUAAUCACUGGUUUGAUCAUCACCAUCGGAAGCGUUUACCAAGGAACGAAGAUAUGCUUAUUAUUCUAUAUUUUUGCGAAUAUCGUCAGCGGAUUCGGUGGUGGUUCAUUACUUUUGAUUUCUUCGUGUUUUGGAUAUGCAACUGACAGUUGUACAGAUAAAGGAAGACAUACUCAAACUAUUGCACUUAUCGAAGCCGCACUGAAUCUUGGCGUCGUCCUUGGUUACCUUCUCUGUACUUUUGUAUUCGAAUUACAUACAAAAAUUUGGCAUAUUCUACUUGUCCACGUACUUCUCCUAGCUUUAGCACUUUUAAUUAGCCUGGUGUUUCUUCGAAGCCAAGCAAUAAUCGAUUUUUCUUCGAUGAACCUUUGGACAAAAAUCAAACGGCCAUUCGUUGAUAUUCGUGACUUAUUUGUUGAUUUGAAACACAAUCAAUUAAUCAUCUCUUUUAUUAUUUUAUUUCUUUCAUUAUUUUUCUACGAGCUCUUUCGAAUGGGUUUAUCGUCGACUUAUUAUUUAUAUUUACAUCGAAUGUCAUUCAAUGAUACUCAAUACGCCGCGUAUUUCACUUGUGAACAAAUCGCUACAUGUCUAGCCUUGAUAUUCUUAGCAUUGCUAAGACGAAAUUGGCAGAUUAAUGAUCUGUAUUUAUGCAUUGUUGGUCUAUGUCUUUCAUUAGUUGGUCCAAUGUUAUUCGCAUUUGCAUACAACAAUAAAGGAAUGAUAUUCGGAGCAAUCCCUUCGAAUAUGUUCGGCAUUUAUUUUCCCGUCUGUCUACGGGCUGUCAUUGCUCGAUUAGUUCCGGAGAGAGAUAAAGGUAAAGCAUUUAGUUUUGUCGCAUUGAUCCAGAAUCUUGAUAUUCUACUGGGUACGAUUACCUGUAUCGAAAUUUACCGUUCAUCGAUCAGUUUCUUCGCUGGAUUGGUUUUUAUUAUCAGUAUCGUAACAAAACUAAUCGCAUUGGUUCUUAUUCUGAUCCAAAUAUUUUGUGUUAGUCAUACACCGCAAUUAUCGAUUAUCGUGCCAUUGGAUGUCGUAGAAAAUCCGCUUUUAGAUGUACAGUUGAAUAGUGACGAUGAAUUGCUCAAUCCCUAA